UCACCAUUUCCCAACUUUUCCUUCGAAACAUCCUCCAUUUCUCAGUUUUUGACAAUGGCGGACAAAGUAUUCCCUUCCUCCAAACCCACCGCCACCGCUGCCCCUGGCGGAGCAGCAGCUCCUCCUCCAACUACUACCUCCACCACAACCAACGGCGGAACUACCAAAUCCCACCUCAUUAACCCCACCGCCCGCCUACCCUACCGUCCACAGCCCCAUAACAGACGUCGCAACUACCGUCCACGGCGCAACUACUGUUGCUGCUGCUGUUUCUGGAUCAUCCUCAUAAUCCUCGUGCUCGCCCUUUUAGUAGCCAUAACUGGCACCGUCCUUUACGUCCUUUACCGCCCUCACCGCCCUUCAUUCACCCUCGCUUCCCUCCGUAUCCACCGCUUGAAGCUCAAAACCGCCGCCGACUCCUCCUCUUCCCAUCUUUCAACCCUUUUCAACUUAACCCUUUCUUCCAAAAACCCCAACUCUCAUCUCUCCUUCUCGUACGACCCAUUCGUCAUUUCAUGUGUGACCAGCAAUGGCGACGUUCUGAUAGGGAACGGAACGUUGCCGGCAUUUGUCAGUGACGGCAAGGACGAGUCGACUUUCAGGGGGGUUACGGUGGCGUCGUCUUCGGAUUUGGACGCGGAGACGGUGAACAACUUGAGACCGGAACUGAAGAAAGGGAAUGGAGUGUCGUUGAAAGUUGAGAUGGAUACUAAAGUGACAGCGAAAAUGGGUGGGUUGAAGAGCAAGAAAGUUGGGAUUAGAGUUACGUGCGAUGGGAUUAAAGGGGUUGUCCCGAAAGGUAAGUCGCCGGCGGCGGCCAAUGUCUCCGGCGCCAAAUGUAAGGUUGAUCUCCGUAUCAAGAUCUGGAAAUGGACGUUUUGAGACGAGGGAUAAAGGUUUUCCAUUUUGAUGAAUUUUUUAUUAUGGUUUUGGUGUUGAAAUUUGAGUGUGAAACUGGAUUUUUUUUUUCAUUUAAAAAAUGUAACGUUAUAUACCAAUUCUAUCAAUCAGAUUUCCAGCAUUGUUGUUUGAA